GGCAAAGCUGCCCCAGUCAUGUGGAGCAGCCACAGCUGUUGGUGCCCUUGGGCUGUGGGACAGAGGGGCCAGCAGCAUAAAGCCCCACAGCCAGCAAAGCCGCCGGCAGCGCCAGGAGCCAGGACUGGGAACUCCCUGCCUGUGGUAGCAAGAAGAAGAGGACACAUUCUGCAUAGGACUGUGCGCUGCAGGCAGACAUGGAGCUGGAUGUGGAACGGGCCAAGGAGCUCAUUGAGCAGAAGCUGGCAGAGGAGGAGAAGGAGGAGAAACUCAAAGGGGAUGGUGCACGGGAGCCGCCGGCCGUGGAGCGGAUGAACACGCCUGAGCUGGAGGAGGAGAAACGCCGUGGCCCCAGGAACUGGGGUCUUGAGGCCAUCAAGGGCCAGGAGAAGGUGCGGAGGAGUUCAGUGGAUCUGAGGCGGGAGAUCAUCGACGUGGGGAGCAUCCAACGGCUCAUCGAGCUCCGCAAGCAGCGCCGGCAGCGCCGGGCAGAGCGGGCGGCCACCCCCGAGCCUGCUCCACCACCUGAGCCCCUGGAGAUUGAGGGUCCUGUGGAGCCAGAGACCUUCCUGCGAGCCGCUGUCCAGGGCAAGAUGCACGUCAUCGAGAAGUUUCUGGCAGACGGUGGCUCCCCCGACACAUGUGAUGAGUUCCACCGCACAGCCCUGCACCGCUCCUCGCUGGAGGGACACGUGGAAAUCUUGCAGAAGCUGCUGGACAGUGGGGCCACUGUUGACUUCAGGGACCGGCUGGACUGCACUGCCGUGCACUGGGCCUGCCGAGGGGGGCACCUGGAUGCUGUCAAACUGCUGCAGGACCACGGGGCAGACCUCAAUGUGAAGGACAAGCUGCUCAGCACACCCCUUCACGUGGCCACCCGAACUGGACACCUUGACGUUGUGGAGCAUCUCAUCCACUGUGGGGUGGAUAUCAAUGCCUCAGACAGGGUGAGUGCUGCAGCCGUGCAGGCAUCGCUGGGGAGCAACACACUGAUCCCCCUCCCUCUGUUAACCCCUCCAAAGGCUUCCAGCCCCCACAAUAGGGCGCAUCUGGAAACAUAUCUCUGCCCUGUGGUUGCAGCCACAGCCAGAUCUGGGACAGGAACAGUCCCCCUUAUCUAUGUGCAGGUUGGUGUGCUGGGGACUGGCAGAGGGUCCUCAUCCCUGGACCACAAUCUCCAGUGAAGCUGUGUCUCUUACAGGAAGGUGACACAGCUCUGCAUGAUGCCACACGGCUCAGUCGCUACAAGAUCAUCAAAACGCUGAUCUUGCAUGGGGCUGAUAUGAUGGC